CACCCUUCACCACCACCAAGUAAUAAAACCUCAAAAGUCAAGCCAACCUCUCUCUUUCUCUCUCUCUAUAUGUCUACAAUGGACGUUAGCCGGCGACCAUCCAAGCCCGCUGCGGCGGCGGGCUCCUCCCUCGACGCCAAAUCCAAGCACUCGCCAUCGCCGCUCAAGUACUACGCCGACGAGGACCCGUCGCUGAAGGUCCCCGCCUUCCUUUACCUGGUCAACGCCUCCGCCAUCUGCGCCUUCUUCACCCUCCUCUACUACCUCCUCUCCCGCUGGCGCGAGAAGAUCCGCUCCGCCUCCCCGCUCCACGUCCUCUCCGCCCCCGAGCUCGCCGCAAUCCUCGCCUUCGCCGCCUCCUCCGUCUACCUCCUCGGCUUCUUCGGGGUCGAGUUCUUCCAGUCCCUCCUCCUCCGCCCCCCCUCCGACAUCUGGGCCGACGACGGCGAGGAAGAGAGGGUGGUCUCCGUAGUUGCCGAGGAGGGCGCGCUGAAAGCGCCCUGUGGCCAGGCCCUUGAUGAGGAGACCACCAAGCUGGAGUUCGACCCCGUUAAGCCCGCUGCUCCGAAGGCGAAGCCGGUCGAGACAGAGAAAUGGGAUGAGCCGAUCGGUCUGACCGAAGAGGACGAGAAGGUGAUCGCCUCGGUGGUGGCGGGAACCACGCCGUCGUACUCGCUGGAGUCAAAGCUCGGGGACUGCAGGAGGGCUGCUGCGAUCCGCCGUGAGGCACUGCAGAGGAAGACCGGGAAGUCGCUCGCCGGAUUGCCGCUGGAAGGGUUAGACUACGACUCGAUUCUCGGGCAGUGCUGCGAGAUGCCAGUUGGGUACGUGCAGAUCCCCGUGGGAAUCGCGGGGCCACUUGUGCUCGACGGGCGGGAGUACUCGGUCCCGAUGGCCACGACUGAAGGGUGCCUGGUGGCAAGCGCCAACCGGGGCUGUAAGGCAAUCGCGCUGUGCGGCGGCGCAAGCAGCGUCGUCCUGAGGGAUGGGAUGACGAGGGCGCCGGUUGUGCGCUUCGGGUCGGCUAAGAGGGCCGCGGAGUUGAAGUUUUACCUGGAGAGCCCAGCGAAUUUCGAAGUCCUCUCCUCUGUUUUCAACAGUUCUAGCCGAUUCGGGCGGCUGCAGAGCAUCAAGUGCGCAAUCGCAGGCAAAAACCUCUACCUAAGGUUCUCGUGCAGCACCGGUGACGCGAUGGGGAUGAACAUGAUCUCAAAGGGAGUCCAGAACGUCAUGGAUUUCCUGCAGAAGGACUUCCCCGACAUGGACGUGAUGGGGAUCUCCGGAAACUUCUGCUCGGAUAAGAAGCCCGCAGCUGUGAACUGGAUUGAGGGGAGGGGCAAGUCGGUUGUGUGCGAGGCCGUGAUCAAGGGCGACGUGGUGAGGAAGGUGCUCAAGACCAGCGUCGAGGCCCUGGUCGAGCUCAACAUGCUCAAGAACCUGACCGGCUCCGCAAUGGCCGGAGCCCUCGGAGGGUUCAAUGCCCACGCCAGCAACAUCGUCACGGCAAUCUACAUUGCCACAGGCCAAGACCCAGCCCAGAACGUGGAGAGCUCUCAUUGCAUUACCAUGAUGGAAGCUGUCAACGACGGCAAGGACCUCCAUGUCUCUGUCACGAUGCCAUCGAUUGAGGUGGGAACAGUUGGAGGUGGGACUCAGCUUGCUUCGCAAUCGGCGUGCUUGAAUCUGCUCGGAGUGAAGGGGGCCAACAGAGAAGCGCCGGGGUCGAACUCGAGGCUCUUGGCCACUGUUGUGGCCGGCUUGGUCCUCGCGGGAGAGCUCUCUCUGAUGUCGGCUCUCGCGGCCGGCCAGCUCGUCAAGAGCCACAUGAAGUACAACAGGGCCAACAAGGAUGUCUCCAAGGUCUCUUCCUGAACCAUGACUGAACUUGCCCUUCUCUGCUUCAAAAGCCUUCGCUGUCUGUGUCAAAGAACGCGAGGAAUAAUGAGAAAGGAAAGAAAUUGGCCACGGUUUAGCCAUUGGAGGUGAAAGAAUUCAAAGAGAGAUCAUCAGGGGAGGAGUAGACACCCGACUGUCCGCAUUUGUGUUAUUUCACACAUUCAGUUCAUUUUUUUUUCAACCCUCUGUGAAUUCCAUCUAUGUCAAGGGCUCUGCAUAUUCUGUAUACUUGUCGAGAGGAAAAAUGAUACUAGAAGUGUCAUAACAUUAUUACAGUGCUCAUCUCAAUACCAAGAUUUUUAAUGCCAUAACUUUUUUAUGACAC